ACCCUAAAUGUAAAUGGCUUAAUCAGAUUCCUCCUCCUUCCUCCAGACUUCAUUCCGUCUUCUUCCUCCUUCUUUCGUGCUGGUCGCUGCGCCUGCUGCUGCUAGUGCUUGCCUUCUUCCUCCUUCAGUCUUCACUCUGCACUGAACAAAUUUUUUUGCCAUCUUCUUCUUCAGUUCUUCUUCUUCUUCGAUUUAUUCAGCCAUUUUCGGUAGUGAAUUGAAUUGAAAAUCUACAUGGAUUCUUACCCACCGCUUCCACCAUCUAGAUUUUCGGUAGCUCUUUAUCAUUUGUUCAAAAUUAUGAUUUUUAAUCUGAUAUUUUGAUUUUUGUUUUGAUAUUCUUCUUCUUCUUCAGUACCUAUUUAAUAUUAUUUGAAUUAUAUAUUAAAAAAAAUGUUCAAAGAAAUAAGAAAAAAAAAAAAAAAAACCGGGUACCCGAUUUCCGAACCGGAUCCGGAACUUAAUUUUAACUAUCCGUAAAACUGAGUACCCGGUUUUUCGGAACCGGGUCGACCCGGUAUCCGGUUUUGAACACCCCUAGUAUGGGGCAUGACAUGAGUAUAUUUUUUCAUAAAUAAAAAUAAUUAUUAAUUAAUCACAACUGACAAGUAAUCAUUCUUAAAAUAAUUCAAGUGUACCAGCGCCCCAAUUUUGCUUCCUUUUUCUUUGCUUUCACCAUAAUUCCCCGAAAUUCAAAUUUCCAAUCUGUAUUCCCUUCGAUUUCAGUUUGAAGGUGAAUCGAAAACAACAAUUGAUUUUUAUAAAAGCGGUUGUAAUUGGUUCCACAUAAAUAAGGGGAUCAGAUGGAGAUAUCUGCUCUUUUAACCUCAGCAGGGAUUAAUAUAGGCUUUUGUUGUGCGCUUUUUUUAUUGUACUCCAUAUUGAGAAAACAACCAAGCAAUAAAAAUAUAUACUUCGGACGUAAAUUGGCUCAAUUGAGAUCAUCAAAAUGUAAUGACCCUCGUUGGUUUGAGAGAUUUGUGCCAUCUCCUGGUUGGAUUCUAAAGGCAUGGAAGACAUCUGAAGAUACUAUAUUGGCAGUUGGCGGAUUAGAUGCUGUUGUUUUUAUGAGGAUGCUUGUAUUCAGCAUUAGAAUAUUCUCCAUUGCUGCUAUUGUGUGCACCGCUAUUGUGCUUCCCUUAAAUUACUUUGGGCAAGAAAUGGAACACAAACUUAUCUCUUCAGAGUCGCUAGAAGUAUUUACCACUCAAAAUGUUAAAGAAGGUUCCAGAUGGCUAUGGGCUCAUUGUCUAGCAUUGUAUAUUAUUUCAUUUUCUGCCUGCAUGCUUCUCUACUUUGAGAAUAAAAGUAUCAUUAGAAGGAGGCUUACUUAUAUCAAAGGAUCUGCACAAGAUUUAAGUCAAUUUGUAGUUCUUGUUCGUGGUAUACCUUGGUCUGCAGAAGAGUCAUAUAGUACUUCAUUGAAGAAUUAUUUCACAAAGUAUUAUCCAUCUCACUAUCUUUCGCACCAAAUGGUGUAUCAUUCUGCAAAAAUAGAGAAGCUGAUGAGAAGUGUCAAGGAGAUGUACGAUGUUCUCUAUCACGAUAGCCUUCCAUCCUGUAACUCAUGUGGUUUUACAAGUAGAGGACAUGGGCGUUCAAAUGUAUUCAAUAUCGCUGUUCAUGAACCAGAAGUUAUUGAAAAAGGGAAAAUUGAUUUUGAAGACUUGCAUGAUAGAGAUAAGGAGUGUCCAGCUGCCUUUGUGUUCUUUAAAACUCGUUAUGCAGCUGCUUGUGCUGCACAGGGUCUGCAAUCAUCAAAUCCGAUGUUCUGGGUCACACAUCAGGCCCCACAACCACGUGAUGUAUAUUGGCGAAACUUAGGUAUUCCGUAUAGACUAUUCUGGUUGCGAAGGACGGGAACUCUUCUCGCUACCGCAGCUUUCCUGGUUUUCUUCAUUGCUCCAGUCACUCUUGUACAGAGUUUGGCUAAUUUAACACAGCUUCAGCAGGCAUUUCCUUUCUUGAGAGGCCUGCUAAAGACGAAGUAUGUGAGCCAGCUGGUUACAGGGUACUUACCCAGUGUUAUACUGGUAUUGUUCUUCUACACUGUCCCACCAUUGAUGAUUCUCUUUUCGACAAUUGAGGGGUCAAUCUCUCGAAGUGCGAGGAAAAGAGGUGCCUGCUGCAAAGUGUUAUUUUUCACCAUCUGGAAUGUUUUCUUUAUUAAUAUUGCAUCUGGAACUGUGCUCAACAAAUUGAAUGUAUUUUCCCAGCCAAAAGACAUACCGGCCCAAUUAGCAGCUGGAGCAGUGCCUGCCGCUGUCAAAUUUUUCACGACUUAUGUCUUGACAUCUGGUUGGACUAGUCUGGCAUGUGAAGUUGCUCAACUCUGGCCACUUCUUUGUAACAUUAUUUACAAGGUCAUCCUUCGAAAGGAUCAUGGACCAUUUGAUGGCGAAUACACUUUUCCAUAUCAGUCUGAAGUUCCAAGAGUCCUUUUAUUUGGACUUCUUGGUUUGAAUUUUGCAAUCUUGGCACCCUUGAUUCUUCCUUUGUUGCUGGUUUAUUUCUGUCUUGCUUACCUUGUUUACCGUAAUCAGAUUGUCAAUGUUUAUAUCACCGAAUAUGACAGUGGUGGUAAAUAUUGGCCAAUUGCUCACAACUCAAUAAUAUUUUCACUGGUGCUGGCACAAAUUAUUGCUAUGGGUGUCUUUGUAUUGAAAGAUUCGACACUUUGUUUGGGAUUCACUAUUCCGCUGUCUAUAUUGACACUUCUAUUCAAUGAAUACUGUAGGCGGAGAUUUCUUCCUGUAUUUAAGAACAUUGCUGCCGAGGAUCUUAUUGAUUUGGAUCAACAAGAUGAGCAAAAUGGGAGGAUGGAGACUAUACAUCAGCAGCUUCAAUCUGCCUAUUGUCAGUUUGAAUGGAUUGCUUAUGGUCGUUCCAGAAUGAAAUCACAGUACCUUUCUGAUGACGAAGACACUGAAAGGCACUCACAAGAACUUAAGCAAGAAAGCGAAUCUAGUCAAGAAAUUAAAACAGACGAGUCUGUUACUUCUGUAGAUAGAUCAUCGCCUGAGAAUCACAUUGCGGAAGUGGAGCCCGAGUCAGGUAGAUAGUUGUGAGUAGGGUAUAUCUAUACAAUUCAGUAUUGUUUUACUUCCUUGUCUUUCUUUCUCCCUAUAAUGUAAAGUAUAAAUUUUGUUCGUCUACUGAAACUGUAUAGUGGUCUUGUAUACUUGAAUGAAAAAGCUUGGAAGAGCAAGUCAAUUGGCAAAAAUUAUUGAAUAGUGUUGUACAAGAAAUGAACAAAUAGAAAUACAGAUUUUUGUAUUUGUUCUAUCAAGUGAUGAGAUUGGUUUGUUCUUAAA